AUGGGUCAAGAUGGCAAGUUCCGCCUAGAUUUGAGGGGCGUAGUCAUUGCUCCCUCCACUUCCUCCCUCUCUCCCUCCCAAACGGAUUUUGAAGGGAGGCUGCGACCAAAAAACAGCACUUUGAAUGUUCAAGGUCUGAAAAACAUUUGGGCAUACUUAACGCAGCUUUAUCAAGCAAUCGCCUACAAGACCCAUAUUAAUCAGCUGGAACGCCAUCGAUGCACCAUUUCAAACGGAAUCCCAAGUGAUGACUGUUAUAAUGUUCGGAGAGGUCAAGGCAACUCAAUGGGUCAUCUGUACUGGCAACUGAAUGACAUUUGGGCAGCCCCAACUUGGUCUACGAUUGAUGUUGUCGGCCAGUGGAAGAUUUCCCACUAUCUGGCAAUUCGUGAUACAUCCACGGUCAGCCACCCUAUCGGCCGAAUUAUUGUUUCACACAUUCGGGAACGAGUAUUAAUAAACUGGGUCCCUCCUAUUAAAUCAUCGGCCAAAUCCAAUAUCAUUAUCCGUAUACUAUGUCCCUCCAUCGCCUACUUUGAUCAACAACCUACAGUUCUUUUGGAAAAUCGUGUUGAACAAUGGGAACCAAAUGGAUGCCCAAUUAAAAUAGCCAAGUUUGAGAAGAAUCAAUUACUGUCAAAGUGUCCAUUGGGUGUUUUGUCAACUAUAAUCAAUAAUGGAAUUCAGCAAACUAAUGACACAGUGCUAAUAUUAACUCCAAAAUAUAUGCGACGAUUCUGGCCGAAGAAAGCAGGUUUAAUUAAGAUCGAAUCGAUCAAACCUGUUGAUAGAAUUACCUUCAACACACCUAGGCCCCCUUUUCGAUGGAAACAUGUCUUUGAAAUUGACUUGAUUUCAGAGGUACCGGAGUUCUAUGUCUGGUUAACUGUCGAUCCUUUCAAGGAUAUGGAUGGUUGGUUCACGCAGAAUGCAUUCAAUAUGAUUACAAGUAACAGAAAAACGAUCCUCUACUUUUUGAAAGGAAAUUCAUCCCUUUCCCCGAAUGAAUUGAAAAAGGCUACCAAAGUUUACUCCCUUGGUUCCGUUCUCUCCUGA